AUGAGAGAAAUUGUGCAUCUGCAGGCCGGCCAGUGUGGCAACCAAAUCGGAGCAAAGUUCUGGGAGGUGAUUAGUGAUGAGCACGGCAUUGACCCGUCCGGUACGUACCACGGGGACAGCGACCUGCAGUUAGAGCGGAUCAACGUGUACUACAACGAGGCAACAGCUAACCGAUUUGGAGGGAGUGGCAAGUUUGUACCUCGUGCAGUACUCGUGGACUUGGAGCCCGGCACAAUGGACUCUGUGAGGUCUGGUGCAUUUGGACAGGUGUUUAGACCCGACAACUUUGUCUUCGGACAAAGCGGUGCAGGUAAUAACUGGGCCAAAGGCCACUACACUGAGGGAGCUGAGCUGGUGGACUCGGUCCUGGAUGUGGUGAGAAAAGAGGCAGAGAGCUGUGACUGUCUCCAGGGCUUCCAGCUCACACAUUCCCUGGGAGGAGGCACGGGCUCGGGCAUGGGCACGCUCCUCAUCAGCAAGAUCCGAGAGGAGUAUCCAGACCGUAUAAUGAACACUUUCAGCGUUGUGCCAUCCCCCAAGGUGUCAGACACUGUGGUGGAACCUUACAAUGCCACACUCUCCGUCCACCAGCUGGUUGAGAACACAGAUGAAACUUACUGCAUUGAUAAUGAGGCCCUGUAUGACAUCUGCUUCCGCACACUGAAACUCACCACUCCCACCUAUGGUGAUCUGAAUCACCUUGUCUCAGCCACCAUGAGCGGGGUGACCACCUGCCUUCGCUUCCCGGGCCAGCUCAACGCUGAUUUGAGGAAACUGGCCGUAAACAUGGUGCCUUUCCCUAGACUGCACUUCUUCAUGCCAGGUUUUGCCCCCUUGACCAGUCGAGGGAGUCAGCAGUACAGGGCUCUAUCAGUUCCUGAACUCACCCAGCAAAUGUUUGAUGCCAAGAACAUGAUGGCAGCUUGUGACCCACGCCACGGGCGUUACCUCACAGUCGCUGCCAUAUUCCGGGGCCGCAUGUCCAUGAAGGAGGUGGAUGAGCAGAUGUUGAACGUGCAGAACAAGAACUCCAGCUACUUUGUGGAGUGGAUCCCGAACAACGUCAAAACCGCUGUCUGCGACAUCCCUCCCCGUGGCUUGAAGAUGGCCGCUACUUUCAUUGGCAACAGCACAGCUAUUCAGGAGCUGUUCAAACGCAUCUCAGAGCAGUUCACCGCCAUGUUUCGCCGCAAGGCCUUCCUCCAUUGGUACACUGGUGAGGGCAUGGAUGAGAUGGAGUUCACAGAAGCUGAGAGCAACAUGAAUGACCUGGUGUCAGAGUACCAGCAGUAUCAGGAUGCCACUGUAGAAGAAGAAGGAGAGUUUGAGGAGGAGGGUGAAGAAGACAUGGCCUAGAGGCUUAU